GCAUUUUUUUUUUCGUGUCCGUUUUUAUUUCCGGGGAUGAGAGGGUUCCAGAGUUGGGGUUUUUGUUAGGUUUUGUUCCUCUCCUUCGCCACCGUGGUGGGGAGGGAGAUUCCCGAAACCCUAAGGAAAGUCUCUCGAUCUGCCUCUGCCGUCGUCCGCGCCGUUGAAUCCUCUGCUUGGUGUGUCUCAGUGUGAAUCUCCUACAGACCUAGCCAAGAUGGCUAAAAAGAAGAAUCCUCUUGUAUUUCUUGAUGUAUCUGUUGGUGGAGAUCCUCCAGAGAAAAUGGUGUUUGAGCUUUUCUCAGAUGUUGUUCCGAAGACUGCAGAAAAUUUUCGUGCACUUUGUACUGGUGAGAAGGGUAUUGGACCUUCCACUCGAAAGCCAUUACACUACAAAGGAUCUAUUUUUCAUCGUAUCAUUAAAGGAUUUAUGGCCCAAGGUGGUGAUUUCUCGAAGCGAGAUGGAACUGGUGGAGAGAGCAUUUACGGAGGGAAAUUUGCAGAUGAGAACUUCAAGCUGCAGCAUGAUGGACGUGGUUUAUUAUCAAUGGCAAAUGCUGGUCGAGAUACAAAUGGGUCUCAAUUUUUUAUCACUUUCAAAUCUGCACAUCACCUUGAUGGUAAACACGUAGUAUUUGGGAAGCUUUUGCAAGGAAUGGAUGUUUUGAAGAAAAUUGAAAAUGUUGCUACUGUUCAAGGAAGACCAUCUAUGCCUGUAGAAAUAGUUAAUUGUGGUGAAUUCUCGGAAGAUGCCCAAGAAAAGAAAAAAUUAAAAAAGUCGAAAGGUGCCAAGUAUUCUUCCUCUGAAGAUGAUAGUUAUGAAGAAAAAGGAAGGGGAAAGCGUAGAAGGUCUUACAGAGAAAAACGAAAGAAGAGGAGGAGAAGACACUAUUCUUCUGACUCAUAUAGUUCUGAUGAUAGUGAUUCUGACUCAUAUUCUUCAGACAGUGAAACUGAUUCAUACACAUCUUCAUCAGAUAUUAGCACUUCCAGUGAUGAUAGGCGCAGGAGGAGGAAGAAGUCUUCAAAAAGAGAUAGGCGUAGGCGCGAGAAAAGAAGGAGGGACAAGCGUCGUGAGAGACGUAGAAGGCGGCGUGAUAGAAGGUCAAAACGCAAGUCAAGGCGGAGCUCAGAGAGUGAAACUGAUUCAGAUAGUGACAGUAGUGGUGAAAGGAGUACAGACAAUGAAGCAGAUGGACGGGGUCCUGCUAAAAAGGCCAAGGCUGUAUCACGCCCUGUGGAUUCACCUCAUGUUCAUGGUAAGGAGCCCCUCUCACCUGGGGAUAGACAACCAGUGGAUGAACACCAAAAGAAAGAAGAAGCCAAGGUUAUACAGGAGAAUGUUUCGCAGGAGGAGGGAGAAUUUUCCCGAGAGAAUGGUGAACUUCCAGAUAAUGGGAAUGCUGCGGAUGACAAAUUGGAAGUCAAGUCAGAUAAAGUUAUUGAUAGGCAUUCUAAUUCCGAUGAUGACUCUAGCAAAUCAAGGAGCCGAUCGCCUAGUCCAAGAAGAGGUCGAAGCAUGAGUCCGAGGAGCGUAAGCAAGAGUCCUAGUCCCAGCUUGAGUCCCCGAAGAAGUCCCAGUAAGAGCCCACCCCCACGAAGUGUGAGUAGGAGUCCAGUCAGACCUGCCAGUCGGGGGAAUCGCAGGAGCUAUUCAAGAAGUCCAGUGAGGACCAGGAGCCCUGUGAGGAAGGCUCCUACACCUUCAAACCAUCGACGCAGUUUGUCAAGAAGUGCUUCCCCUGAUGGCUCUCCCAAACGUAUUAGAAGGGGUCGGGGCUUCAGUGAACGAUACUCUUAUGCUCGUCGCUAUCGCACUCCUUCGCCACCAGAUCGUUCUCCAGUACGUUAUCGUUAUAGAGCUCAAGAAAGAGAGAGAGAGAGGUAUUCUAAUUACAGGAGCUAUCCUGACCGAUCUCCUCCAAGACGGUAUCGAAGUCCGCCAAGAGGCAGAACACCUCCCAGAUACAGGAGUAGGAGGAGUCGAAGCCGUAGCAGGAGCCAUAGCCGGAGCACUGGACGCAGUCCUGGAGGUUACCGUGGUCGUGCUAGGGAUCGUAGUCCAAGCCCUGUUCGGAGCCGAAGUCCUGUCGAUGAAAGACCUGCCAUGAGCGAUAAGCUGCGACCUCGUGUUGGUUCUAGGGGUGGUAGCCACCCUUCGGACAGGGGAAGAUCAUUAUCAAGAAGCAGGAGCCCAUCUGCAUCAGGAUCUUCUCCAGAUGCCAGACCUCACAGCCGAGAUAGCAAGGGCAAGUCUAGGUCUCCUCCUAAAAACGGUCGAUCUCCCAGCCGCUCUCGAUCAAGCUCCCCAGAUAGGAACAAGGGGUUGGUUUCCUACGGGGAUGGAAGUCCAGAUAAUGGGGCCAGGUAGAUUUACUUUUGAAGUUGUUGGUGACAAUUUUAGAUACCACUGUAGCUUUUUUUUUCCCCGGCUUCAUUUGCCAGUAAUAGUCCUUCCUGCAGAGUCCGUACUUUGUAUUGCAUUGGCUUAUGUUCGUUCCUUUUUCCGUUAUCGGAUCUUGUUGGUAGAAUGUAGAUACGCCCAUAUUUAAGAAACCUUUUGUCUGGGAUUUCUUUUCAAA